AUGAGUAGAGACCUUCGAAUGGGCCUCUUGCAAGCAAGAGAUAACCAUGAGUUCACGGACUUUGCCUUCGUCUGCGGAGAUACUCGAUUCCAAGUCCACAAGGUCAUCGUCUGCAGUCAAUCAAAGGUCUUCCAUGCAGCAUGCACCGGGCCCUUCAAGGAAUCUACUACCAACGAGAUUGAUCUCUCAGAGUUCUCUGUGGAUCAUGUGGAAUGGCUGAUAGAUUUCCUUUACACGGGAGCAUACCUAAUCCCAGAGGAUUCAAAUCUCGAUGACCACAUUUACAUGUUCGCGAUGGGUGACAUGUACAAGAUUGAACCACUUGCUGAAUAUGCAGCAUGGAAAUUCCGUUGUGAACUCUCUGACCUUCUGAUGUUGGAAGAAGUUCUUCCUUUGAUACCCCUUGUCUACAACUCAACCCCAGACCAUCGACAGGAGCUGCGGGAAGAGUUAGUGAAGUUCCUGAGGUCCCCGGGUCCUGGAAUAAAGGAGGACAUGGAGACAAGGGGAUGGUAUGACGAGAUGGCUGCAGAGUGUCCCGAGUUCAUCAAGGACCUUCUUUUCAGUUACUUGGAAUGCUCUGAUCGUGAUCGGAGUUUUUUGAGUCACUGGAAGAAUUUGACGGGAACGCAAGCAAGGGCAGAUAUCUGA